CCCUAUCGCACGGCUGUUAUCAAAAGAGGAGGGGCUUGGAUCGGAAUCGGAGGGCGGUAAACGGAUACCUCCAGUCGGAUUUUGGGCUUCCGACAACAAUAAAAUUUUUAAAAAAUUGUUUUAUGGAUACUGAUAAAACUAGCUGAUAAAGUUAGCUACACGGUACAAGGAAAAAGCUAAAUGUGGAAGAAGUUUGGACCACUUUUAGAUAAAAGUUAGGUACUAUCACACGGACCAAGAACUUUAUUUAAGAAUUGUGGAAGAAGUGUGGACCACUAAUUACAACACCAACUUUUAUUUAAUGGAUCAAGAACUCCCAACUAAUUUGUUUUUAUAUAAAUAGAGCCGAGCCAGUUGGAUCAAGAAUCCCCACUUAAUCCCAAGCAAGAGCACCUACUAGCAAAUCAAAAUUUGUGAUCUGCCAAAUUUCCAGGAAUUUCAAAUGGAGCAAAACAUUCCGCGCCCAGGGCCUGUUAACCGUUCACUACUCACGUUGCCACUGCGUGCCCAUCGUGCGGACCGUAUAUGGUAUGAACCGAAUUCCAAAGACUCAUGCUUGAAAUGCGUCAGUUGCCCUUCAGCUGCAUUCGGAGUUGAAGAGCGAGAUCCAAGAGUGAUAGGUAUGUUAGCAUAUGCUGGCUUCUUGGGGGUAGAGCACAUUGCCCGUAUGAAGGUGGAUCAUAGUUUAAUAUGCGCUUUGGUGGAGAGAUGGAGGCCGGAGACACAUACUUUUCAUCUUCCAUUCGGUGAGGUCGGCAUUAGUCUACAAGAUGUGGCGAUGAUCCUUGGUUUGCCCAUUCGGGGUAUGCCCCUCAGUGGUCCAACCGUUAAGGGUAAGGCUCAGUGGAUCGACCUGUGCACGCAGUCGUGUGGUUUCACUCCUCUAGAGACUGAUAUGCGCACGAGUGAUAUCACCAUGAGUGCUCUUACCCGUCACCAGAUCCUACCUGACAGUACAGACGAAGAGGUCACCGAACACACCAGAACCCUAAUAUGGCAAUUGCUUGGAGGCCUUUUGUUCCCUGACACGAGUGGGACAAGAAUACGAUUAUACUUUUUGGAGGUCUUGCAGGGUGACUUGGCUUUAGCCCGUCGAUGGAGUUGGGGAUCAGCGGUUCUCGGGUACCUCUACCAUAACUUGUGCAACGGCGCCAAGUGGGAAACCAAACAAGUUGACGGUUGUAUGCACUUGUUACAGAUUUGGGCUUGGUCGAGGAUUUCGAUGGUCCGUCCCUCAGUAGUUCAGGUCAUUCAACAUGACCAUCUUCCAUAUGGGUGCAGGUGGAUCGUCCCCAAGUCAUAUAAGGGAUCCCCAAGACACUGCAUACGCCUGUACCGGGAUGAUCUAGACCGAAUGAGUGAGAGUCAGUUUGAUUUCACUCCCUACGCGUCCGAGGAACUCCCACCUAUCAUCCUUAAUGACGCUCCGCUUUGGUCGGCUAGGGUCAUGCUCAUAUUUUGCAAUAUGGCCGAAAUGCAUUACCCCGAUCGAUUUCUUCGGCAGUUCCAUAUAAGGCAAGAUACUCCGGAUGCUCCUUUGGCGGGUACUGAUCAUCACGGCAAUCGUUCCAACAUAGUAACCGGUGCCUUGGCGUUGUGGGCGGACAUACAACAUAAUAUAUACUUUCUUGAUUAUGAUCGACAUAUGUCCGUCGAAGCAACUAAGAGGUACCGAAAAUGGUACCAGAAGCAUGGUAUGACACGUGUCCAGAACCCUUCUCACAAUGUGCCCACGACAGGCUACAUCCCAACAUCACACGAUUGGGGUAUUGUGAGGCAGAGCUUUUACGAGCUGAAUCAGCUCUUAGCCGACCGCGCAAGUCAUGAGGACUGUCAAAAACGACUACAGCGGAUGGCCCUGGACGUAGGUGAUGAAGAGAUGCUCCGCCGGGGCAUAUUCCAUUAUGAAGAUGAAGAUGAAGAUGAAAGUGGAAGUGACGAAGAGGAUGAUGAAGAUGAACAUGAAGGUGGGGGUGAGCACUCACAAUCGCCCCCUCAAUUUUCAACACGUGAGGGUGUCUUAUUUGAUCAACCACCCCCUCAAUUCUCAACGCAUCAAGGUGUCUCAUUUGAUCAACCACCGCCGUAUUAUGAUUCUUAUCAGUACUCCACACAAGCGGUUGAUUAUGUUGAUUCAUUUCUGGAUUCGUCGUCGUUUUACUAUGGAGACACAAUGGGGCCUUGGAACACUAGCGGUGGGGACGGAGCAGGGCCGAGCACGCAACGUUAGAUGUAGUAUC